AUUCUCUCUUCCGCUGAAGGCGCCUUAUUGUGGCUACUUCUUCAUUUUACGGGAGAAAGGUUAUGCGGCAAAGCAGCAUUCGGUGAAAAAAUAUUUUUGUGACAUUACUGUGCUUCAACAACAACCGUUAAGAUGACAAUUGGCAAGAACAAUAAGAUGUUACAACACAUCAACUACAGAGUCCGCAUCAUUCUGCAGGACUCGAGAACGUUCAUAGGAACGUUUAAAGCUUUUGAUAAACAUAUGAACUUAAUUCUUGGAGACUGCGAAGAGUUCCGCAAAAUAAAACCAAAAAACACCAAGCAGCCGGAAAGAGAAGAGAAGCGUGUCCUAGGAUUUGUUCUCCUGCGUGGUGAGAACAUAGUUUCUCUGACGGUAGAGGGUCCGCCACCUCCUGAAGAGGGACUACCGAGAGUGCCAAUCCCAGGAGCAGCACCAGGACCUGGAAUGGCGCGUGCUGCGGGUAGAGGAAUGCCAGCGAACGUCGCAGGCGUUCCUGCUGGGCUGCAAGGCCCUGUACGCGGUGUCGGAGGCCCAUCCCAGCAAAUUAUGACACCUGGAAGCAGAGGACAAGUCUCAGCACCACCGCAGAUCCAUCCUGGCGGCCCACCACGUAUGCCAGUCGGUGGACCACCACCUGGUAUGAUGGGACCACCAGCGGGGAUGAUGGGUAUGCCUCCUGGAAUGCCACCACUAGGACGUGGGGGUCCACCUAUGGGGCCUCCUGGGAUGAGAGGACCACCGCCAGGAUUGAUGCGUGGUCCUCCUCCGCGCCCGUAUUAGCGGCAUAUUGAUAAAUUCUUUUGUAAUUAAUAUGUAUUGUGUAUGUCUUUUCAAUUUAUAAUAUAAAUCUUCAAUAAUAAUAUAAAAGUACAUCAAUUUUAUGAAAUUAAAGUUUCCAACUAAAUGAUAGAUUUACUUAAACAUUAAUGUGAAUACUGUUAAUAUUAUUUUUAUUCGUUUGAAAAAAAAAUUAAUAUUUUUGCAAUAGUUUAAUUUAUAAUUUUUGUGAAAUUUUCAACAUUUUAUCAAUCUAUUGAGAAGUUUACGCGACAAUAUAUUUUCUAAUGUCUAAAAGCAAUAAAAGCUAUUGUACAACAA